AGUGGAAAUUUAUAUUUUCUGUUUAGUUAAGCUGGACCUCUCAAUUGAUCUACCAUAGAUUUGAAUUCAUGCACAGAAAAUUAAAUAAAAGAGAGAUAAAAUCAUCAUUUUUCUAGAAACUGAUAACGAUAAUUUCUAUUGAAAUCGUCCAAACAAACAAUAAAAUAAACAGAGAAAGGAAGAUAAAUUAAUUAAUCAUUUUUCCCCAUCUGGAAUGGGAAUAAAAAUGCACGAACCUUCUUUGUUGUUUGUUCCGAUUUGAUCCUUUUCUCCAUUCUCCUUUUCCACAAUAACAACUUUCUAAUUCCAAUAAGAUAAUAACAGUUUCUCGUUAUUUUUCCUCUUAUUCUUCAAGAACUUCAAAUUCUGUGGACACAAUUGGGAAGCAGAAAGAUCUAAUCUUGACCCUCACCCACAAUUACCCGCUUAAAAUUCCAUUCUGGGUCGGUUCCAAUUCCUUCAAAAAACCGCAAAACAGUGAGAUUCACUUUGUUGCAGUGUUCAUAUCUGAGUGUGUGAAGGUUAUAGUGAUGAAGCGGCAAUGAAGUGUGUGACAAAGAAAUGGAGGUUAGAUCGGAGGGUAUUCAAGUGAGGUAUGAUAAGCUUCAUGGUUCUGUGAUUCCAAGGAGCCGUUUUCGUGUUUGGUUCAUUCGAGUUUGUUCAAGCAUUGUGCUUUGGACAUGUUUGGUUCAGCUUAUGACAGUGAAUGAACUAUGGCAUUCCAAUUUCUUUUCUGGUUUUACCAGUCGUAUAUAUCACAUAACUCAACGUCCUCUUCAAGGGGAACUUGGACUUUCUCAAUCUCCUCCACCUUUACUUUCUCCAAGAAAUUAUACUAGCAAUGGAUUUCUAAGAGUGUCCUGCAAUGGGGGUUUGAAUCAAAUGCGUGCAGCGAUUUGUGACAUGGUGACAGUUGCUCGGCUUUUGAACCUCACAUUGGUUGUUCCAGAGCUUGAUAAGAAAUCCUUUUGGGCAGACCAUAGUGGCUUCGAGGAAAUAUUUGAUGUAAGACAUUUCAUUGAUUUUCUACGAGAUGAAGUUCGAAUAGUUAAAAGAGUUCCAAAAAAGUUUAGUAGGAAAAGUGGAUACUCCACCCUGAAGAUGGCUCCUGUUAGCUGGUCAAAUGAAAAGUAUUACUUGGAGCAGAUUCUGCCACUUUUUGCCAAGCACAAGGUGGUACACUUCAAUAAAACAGAUGCACGCCUAGCAAAUAAUGGGCUCCCAAUUGAUCUACAGAAACUUCGGUGUCGUGUUAAUUACCAGGCGCUUAAAUUCACUCCUCAAAUUGAGAAUCUGGGGCAAAAAUUGAUUCAGAUACUUCAUGAGAGAGGACCGUUUGUGGCAUUGCAUCUGAGAUAUGAGAUGGACAUGCUGGCUUUCUCAGGUUGUACUCUCGGUUGCACUAAUGAAGAAGCUGAGGAGCUCAAGCGAAUGAGAUACGCAUUCCCUUCAUGGAGAGAGAAGGAAAUAGUGUCCGAAGAAAGGAGAUCACAAGGUUUAUGUCCUUUGACACCAGAGGAGGUAGCCUUGGUUAUGCAAGCCUUAGGUUUUGACCGGGAGACACAAAUCUACGUGGCAGCCGGUGAGAUUUAUGGUGGUGAGCGUAGACUUGCGCAACUGAGAGCUGCAUUUCCAAGAAUUGUUAAAAAAGAGGCAUUGGUAGCCCUUGAUGAGUUGCAGCAAUUCCAAAAUCAUUCAUCCCAGAUGGCAGCUUUGGACUUUAUGGUUUCAGUAGCCAGUGACACCUUUAUUCCUACCUAUGAUGGGAACAUGGCAAAACUUGUCGAAGGCCACCGCCGGUAUUCUGGUUUUAAACAAUCCAUCAUAUUGGACCGGAAAAAGCUUGUACAGUUGCUUGAUAUGCAUCAAAAUGGAAUCCUUCCAUGGAAGGAGUUUGCAGAUUCCGUGCUACAAGUCCACGAAAAGCGAAUGGGACAGCCAACUUAUCGUAGAGUUAUUGUAGACAAGCCGAAGGAGGAGGAUUAUUUCUAUGCCAACCCUCAUGAGUGCCUUUGUGAGGGAACAAAGUGUGAUGAUUUGCUAGGUCCUAACAACUCUAGUCAAGUAAGAUGAGUACAACUUGUUGAAUGUAGAAAAUAUAUGCACUCUUAGCCAAACCAUAAGUAUGAAAGAGCAAUCUGAAAAUUGCUUCUUUCCACGAAGUUGCUCAUGUACUGUUUAUAAGAAUCCAGAUCACUGGCAUAUAAGUUCUUAGAGAUUUAUGUAAACAUAAUUUUGUAGGAAACCAUGAUGAAAAAGGGAAAAAGAAAAGAAAAGGGGAUGUCAGUUUAUAUUGACUAUUGAGGCCUGCAAA